AGAGAGGGAGAGGAAAAGUGGAGGAAAGCCGGAAAAGGGGUUUUUGGUAUUGGGUUCUGGGCGACGUACUUCUGUGAUUUGUGGUGCAGAGCUCUAGCUCUACCUCACCGCUGGUUUUACCUUGCUGAGUGGACUGGAAGAAGAAGAAGAAGGGAAGGAAAAAGAGGGAAGGGGAAGGGGAAGGGAUGGGUAUCUGUUAGUGUGACUGUGUGAGGGUGUAAGAAAUUCAGAAUCCAGUACUCUGAG